AUGCCAGUCGCAUCUUUCGGCACCGCGCAACGUCAACUUCGGACCAAGGAUCAGGGAAUACCUGUGAAGAUAUCCGUGGAGAGCUCAAUGCUUUCUCGGAAUGGAAGGAUACUGGCUGGGAGUAAUGUGGGCAUAGCGGAGAAUCGCUUCUUUGAUCUUUGGUAUCGUUGGUCGACAAUUGGAUGUGUACAUACUGGGGCAGCGAGAGAAUCUAGAAGACCAAUACAUACAACCCUUUCACGAAACUCUGAUGUGCCCUCCACUCCCAAAGGAACCCACGCCCUAAACCUCGACCGCAAACUACACCCCUAUAAUGAACUCCUCACCUCUCUCCCUCCCUCCCCCAAGCGCUCAGUCGCCUCCGAGCGAGAUACAAACACCAACAAACGCGCUCAGAAUCUCGUAGACGGUGUCCGCCACAUGAUGCGGGCCGUCCCCAACCCCGUCGUCGUGCUGACCACCGUGGCAGCCGCUCCUCCUACACACCCAGUUCAAACCUCGCCGUCCAGCGAUUUCGAUCACUCUUUAUACUGUGGCAUGACACUGUCAUCAUUCUCGACUGUCACGCUACACCCUACACCGCACGUCACCUUUAACAUCCGAAGCCCGUCGCGGACACUGUCCGCGCUGACCAGCACCCGGUACUUCAUCAUCCAUGUGCUGGAGGCGAACACCGAGGGUGCAGCUAUGGCUGCUGCUUUCGCGAACGCUGUGUAUCCCGGGCUGUCUAAGAAGCGGCUGCCGGCUCUGCAGGAAAUCUUCAGGGAGGCGGCGGGCAAGGGGCAGCUGACUCAUGAGGCAGUCUAUGAGCAUGGGAAGCUGGUGUGCUCGCUGCCUAGGUUCACGGGGAAAAGUGUCAAAUCCUCGCUGGAGUGUAGGGUGUUGGGGGAUGAGGACCGGGCCGGGGGAGGGCUGAUUAGGGUCGGGCAUCAUGUGAUGGUUAUUGCGAGGGUUUGUGCAAUGCCGAUGGUUGGGAAGGGGGAGCAGGGGGCUGUUGAUAGUGGUAGGGACGAAGGGAGUGCGGCGCUGAGUUAUGCGUUUGGGAAGUAUGGGGUCUUUGGCGAGAUAAAGGAGGAUGUGGAAGAGGAGGAUGCACUGCACGCGGGGGUUGUUGAAGUUCAAAUACCCUGA